GGAAGGGCGGCCGGUCUCGGAGAAGUUUCGACGGCCGGCGGGGCUCCCGGGGCGCCGCAAGGAGGGCGCGGCCGGGCGGAGCCCCCGAGUUCGCCGAGAGCGGCCGGCCGGCUGUGCGAGGUCGGGGGCGGUCAUGGCGGGCGGCGGAGCUGGGGACCCGGGCCGGGGGACGGCCGCCGCCGCGGCGCCGCCGGAGACCAGCGAGCACCUCUUCAAGGUGCUGGUCAUCGGCGAACUCGGCGUGGGCAAGACCAGCAUCAUCAAGCGCUACGUCCACCAGCUUUUCUCCCAGCACUACCGGGCCACCAUCGGGGUGGACUUCGCCCUCAAGGUCCUCAACUGGGACAGCAGGACGCUGGUGCGCCUGCAACUAUGGGACAUCGCGGGACAGGAGCGUUUUGGCAACAUGACCCGAGUAUAUUACAAAGAAGCUGUUGGUGCCUUCAUUGUCUUUGAUAUUUCGAGAGGUUCCACGUUUGAUGCUGUUUUAAAAUGGAAAAGUGAUCUGGAUAGUAAAGUACAUCUUCCAAACGGCAGCCCUAUUCCUGCUGUCCUUUUAGCUAACAAAUGUGACCAGAAAAAGGACAGUGGCCAGACUCCUUCCCAGAUGGACCAGUUCUGCAAAGAACAUGGCUUCACAGGAUGGUUUGAAACCUCUGCGAAGGAUAAUGUCAACAUUGAUGAAGCAGCCCGGUUCCUGGUGGAGAACAUUCUUGCCAACCACCAAAGCUUCCCCAACGAAGAAAACGAUGGCAGAAUUAAACUGGAUGAGGAGACUGUGAAAAAAGAGGGCAAGACCCAGUGUUGCUGACUUGGCGUCUGCUUCUCUCCUGCGGGUGCAGUCUGACUGACUGGAAACAAGGUCCUGAAACUAGAUUGCAGAUGGUGGAUGCGCUGCUCUAUAAAUCUGCCCAGGGCUGCGCCUGAAAAUGAAUGACGCCACCCCGGGAGCCUGAGACUUUUUUGAAAAGGACCAUGGCCGAGGAGUCCUGCCAAUGGCUCCACCCCUUCACCCUGAGCACUUAGGCUUCUGCUGUUGUUGCCAUUAUAUUCAAGAUAAUGUUUACGUUCUUUUCAACAACUUUUAAAAUAACAGUUGCUCAGUAUUUGUUAAGACUUACAAGUUGUGACUUUCAGUGUGAAAACUGGGUGGUAAUAAACUUUCCCUGCAGCCUUA